ACAUUGUUAACGUUGAUUUCUCCCGUUCACGGCAACAUUUUGUCUUCCGUGAUCCAGACCCUGGGUCCCACGCUUCCUCGAAACGCAUGAAAUCUCGGAUCUACCCGGAGACAGGGCCGAAACCAGCAGCACUCCCGGCUAUGAGGAGGAGCGGUGGUCCCCCGGUGCAGACCGGAGGCUGGUAGGGAUGCUGCUGCUGCUGCCGCCGCUGCUGCUGCUGUGAAGAGCCGCGCCGCUGUGUCGGAGGACCGCUGGGGGAGCAGGACGGGACGCGCCUGGACAAACAUGACUGUUUUCAACCAGGAAAAUGUUGAGGAAUUUUACGAGAUUGGAGACGAGCUGGGGAGCGGUCAGUUUGCUGUGGUCCGGAGAUGCCGGAACAGGAGCACGGGCGUGGAGUACGCCGCCAAGUUCAUCAAGAAGCGGCGGAGCAAGUCGAGCCGGCGCGGGGUGACGAGGGAGGACAUCGAGCGCGAGGUGAACAUCCUGAAGGAGAUCCAGCACCCCAACAUCAUCACGCUGCACGACGUCUACGAGAACAAGGCCGAGGUCAUCCUCAUCCUGGAGCUUGUGGCUGGCGGUGAGCUCUUUGACUUCCUGGCAGAGAAGGAGUCGCUGAGCGAGGAGGAGGCCACCCAGUUCCUCAAGCAGAUCCUGGACGGAGUCUUCUACCUGCAUUCCAAGCAAAUCGCCCACUUCGACCUGAAGCCGGAGAACAUCAUGCUGCUGAACCGCACAGUGCCUCACCCGCGCAUCAAGCUCAUCGACUUUGGCCUGGCCCACAAGAUCAAUUUUGGCAACGAUUUCAAAAACAUUUUUGGCACUCCAGAGUUUGUAGCCCCAGAGGUGGUCAACUAUGAACCUUUGGGCUUGGAGGCAGACAUGUGGAGUGUUGGUGUGAUAACCUACAUACUUCUGAGCGGCGCAUCUCCUUUCCUGGGCGACAACAAGCAGGAGACGCUGGCCAACGUGUCGGCUGUGGACUACACCUUCGACGAGGAGUUCUUCAGCAACACCAGCGUCCUGGCCAAAGACUUCAUAGCGCGGCUCCUCGUCAAAGACCCCAAAAAGAGAAUGACGAUUCAGGACAGCCUCCAGCACCCCUGGAUCAAGCCAAAAGACACACAGCAAGCAUUAAGCCGAAAGGAGUCGGCCGUGAACAUGGAGAAGUUCAAGAAGUUUGCGGCGCGAAGAAAAUGGAAACAAUCGGUCCGACUCAUCUCCUUAUGCAACCGGCUGUCCCGCUCCUUCCUGUCCCGGAGCAACAUCAGCGUGGCGCGCAGCGACGACACUCUGGAUGAGGAAGACUCCUUUGUGAUGAAGGCCAUCAUCCACGCCAUUAACGAUGACAACGUGCCGGGCCUGCAGCACCUGCUGGGCUCCCUGACCAGCUACGAUGUCAACCAGCCCAACAAGCACGGGACCCCUCCCCUCCUGAUUGCGGCAGGCUGCGGAAACAUCCAGAUCAUUGAGGUGCUGAUGAGGAAAGGCGCAGAGAUCCAGGCCCAUGACAAGAGCGGAGCCAACGCCGUUUAUUACGCGGCGAGACACGGGCACGUCGAGACCCUGAAAUUCCUCCAUGAAAAGAAGUGCCCUCUGGACGUCCAAGAUAAGUGCGGGGAGACGGCGCUUCAUGUGGCGGCUCGCUAUGGCAACGUGGACGUGGUCAGCUACCUCUGCAGCAUCCACGCCAACCCGGACCUGUCUGACAGGGAGCAGGAGACCCCGCUGCAUUGUGCUGCCUGGCACGGUUACUCGGCGGUGGCCCGGGCCCUGUGCCAGGCCGGGUGCCACGUGGACGCCAGGAACCGCGAAGGGGAGAGUCCGCUGCUGACGGCCUCGGCUCGCGGCUUCAGGGACAUCGUGGAGUGUCUGAUCGAGCACAAAGCCGACCUGGAGGCCACUGACAAGGACGGCCACACGGCCCUCCACCUGGCCGUGCGGAGGUGUCAGGUCGAAGUGGUCCGCUGCCUCCUCAGACAGCACUGCAACCUGGACCAGCACGAUCGCCACGGCAACACGCCGCUGCACAUCGCCUGCAAGGACGGCAACCUGCCCAUCGUCAUGGCGAUCUGCAACGCCAAGGCCAGCCUGGACCUCCCCAACAAGUACGGCAGAACUCCUCUCCACCUGGCGGCUAACAACGGUGGCCUCGAGGUCGUGCGCCACCUCUGCCUGGCCGGAGCCAAUAUCGACGCCGUCACCAACGAUGGAAAGACAGCAGAGGACUUGGCUGCCAGUGAACAUCACGAACACAUUGUCGGGUUGCUGGGCAAGCUUAAGAAGGACAACCACAAGCUGAGCUACGUGCAGCAGCUGCGGCCCACGCAGACGGUGCAGCCCAGGAUCAAGCUCAAGCUGUUCGGGCACUCGGGCGCCGGGAAGAGCACGCUGCUCGAGUCUCUCAAGUGCGGCAUCCUGCGCAGCUUCUUCAGGAGGAGGCGACCGCGCAUGGCCAACGCCGCCCGCCACCCCAACUCCCCCGUCAACUCCAAACCUGCCGUGUCAGUGAGCAUCUCCAACCUCUACCCGGGCUGUGAGAACGUGAGCGUGCGAAGUCGCAGCAUGAUGUUCGAGCCCAGCCUGACCAAGGGCGUCCUCGAGGUUUUCUCCCCCGUGCACAGCGCCCUGUCCUCGGCCGACGAGCAGGCCACCAAGGCCAUCGACAUCCAGCACGCCAACAUCAACGGUGUCGGCGAUUUCAGCGUGUGGGAGUUCUCGGGGAACCCGGUGUACUACUGCUCGUACGACUACUUUGCGGCCAACGACGUCACGGCCCUCCACCUGGUCCUGUUCAGCCUGGAGGAGCCGUACGAGACGCAGCUGAGCCACAUCACCUACUGGCUCAACCUGCUGAAGGCCCUCACCCUGCCGCAGGACAACAUCGCGUUCGGAGGGCGCCUCCAGCAGCCCCUGGCCGUGGUGCUGGUGGCCACCCACGCUGACUUGGCCAACGUCCCCAGAGCUUUUUCCGGAGAGUUCAGCUACGACAAGGAGCGAUCGCUGCUGAAGGAAGUCAGGAACAGGUUCGGGAACGACCUGCAGAUCAGCGACAAGCUGUUUGUGAUGGACACCGGAGCCUCCAACUCCAAAGACAUGAAGCUGCUGAGGAGUCACCUUCAGGAGCUUCGCAGCAGCAUCAUCUCUCGGUGCAGUCCCAUGACGCUGCUGUCGGAGCGCCUGCUGGCCGCCCUGCCGGCCUGGAGGAAGCUGAGCGGGCCCAACCAGCUGACGUCGUGGCAGCAGUUUGUGAGCGACGUGCAGGAGCACAUCAACCCGCUGGUCAGCCAGGAUCACCUGCGCAGCCUGGCCCUGCAGCUGCACAGCAUGGGAGAGAUCAACAUCAUGCAGAGUGAGACGGUGCAGGACGUGGUGCUGCUGGAGCCACGCUGGCUGUGCAGCAACAUCCUGGCCAAGCUGCUCUCCGUGGAGACGCCCAAGGCCAUCCACCACUACAGGGGGCGCUACAGGCUGGAGGAGGUACAGGCGUUGGCGCCCGAAAGCGACAUAGACGAGCUGCUGCAGAUCCUGGACGCCAUGGACGUGUGCGCCCGCGACGUCACCAACCCCUCCAUGGUGGACGUGCCCGCCCUCAUCAAGACAAACGGCCUGCACCGCUCCUGGACUGAAGAGGAAGAGGAGGAGGAGGUGCUGAUCUACGGAGGGGUGCGUCUGGUCCCCGCCGAGCACCUCACGCCCUUCCCCUGCGGCCUGUUCCACAAGCUGCAGGUCAACCUGUGUCGCUGGAGCCACCAGCAGAAGCCUGAAGAAGAUGGCGGGGAGGACAUCGACGGAGACAUCCGCCUCUGGACCAACGGUGCCAAGGUCAGUCAGGCGGGAGCCGAGGCCAUGAUACUACUGGUCAACCACGGCCAGGGGGUGGAGAUCCAGGUGCGCGGGCACGACUCAGAGCGGGCCAAGUGCUAUGCCUUGUUGGACACCAUCUGCAGUAUAACGGAGAACCUCCUGGCCUCCACACUCCCUGGACUGCUAACAGCCAAAUACUACCUGAGUCCUCAGCAGCUGCGAGAGCACCACGCCCCCAUCAUGAUCUACCAACCCAAAGACUUCUUCCGCGCCCAGGUCCAGCGAGAGUCCUCGCUCACCAACACCAUGGGCGGCUACCGGGAGAGUUUCAGCAGCAUCUUGGCGUUUGGCUGCGCUGAAGUUUACCAACAGGGGAGUUUAGGGCCAGACAUCCACAUCUCAGAUGUUUGCCUGUUGGCUCGUAGGAAGCUCUGCCGCAUGCUGGACCCUCCCGACGCCAUGGGGAAAGACUGGUGCCUGUUGGCCAUGAACCUGGGCCUCACGGAGCUGGUGGCCAAAUACAGCUCGGGGACUCCCAACGGGACCCCUGAGCUGGACUCGGGCCCGGACCCGGAGCCGGCCUCGCUGCAGCCCAGCCCCACGGCAGCGUUGCUCCAGGAGUGGAGCGGGCGAGCGGGCAGCACGGUGGGCGUCCUGAUGGCCAAGCUGAGGGAGCUCGGCCGCCGAGACGCAGCCGACUUCCUGCUCAAAGUGUCGCCUGUGUUCCGUGUCAACAUGGAGGCGCUGGGAGGCGCGACCAACGGCUACGCCCCCACCUGCAACGGAGGCACGUCCUACAACUCCAUCAGCUCUGUCAUAUCUCGCUGAACCGAGCAGGGUUAGAGUCGGCUUAAUGUCGGGGCCAAAACGUUGGGUAGUUGAUUAAACUGAUGUGAGAUUGAGGACAGCCGCAGGCCUCCUCUGUGUUUAUGAACAUGAAGUGCAAUCUCUAGCGGAGGGUCAAGCCGCUCGCUCCCUUGAUGACUCCUUUAAAUUGCGAUCUCGUAUGAACCAGAUGUUGUGUUUGUUCUAUCCAUGCCUGUAAUGCGGACCCUUCCCUCCACUAUGAAUGUGUUUGAACGAGCUGGCUGUCCUGAGCUCCAAAGAGGAAUUCUGUGCUCAACUGAUUUUUAUUCUGUCCUUAAUCUGUCGUGCUGCUUUUAAAUACGCCACCCCGUUACCCUGAGACACACCCGGUUCCAACUCUGCUUACAGCUAACGGUCAUAAAGCAAAGAAAAGCUGAAUUUUUACGGACUUUAGAUCAACUCGAAAUGCUGGAAUGGGCCCCGGCUGAGGAAGACGGCAGCCUCGUGUUUGAACGGCCUCUUAUGUUUUUCAUCCUGCAGUCCAAAGCUGAGGGUUAAUUCACGUUUAGGUCGAGGAGGCUGCCGUCUUUCUCAUCCGUUGCGGUUAGGUUUGUGAAUACCACCUUCCUUGUUCGUUUCCACUGAUGUAACGAUGGCAGUUCAGUGCUUGGAAAAGAUAACAGCUUCUUUUCAGAGUGCCUUCGCGGCCUUCUACCUCCCUCGACAAAAGCACAAUAGUCCUGUUGACAUAAAACACAGUCGUUCUUUCCUAACAUUCGCAGAACUGUGCCUUGUUGACACUAAAAGUAAAAAAGAAUGAAUUUCAAUCACACCUAGCGAGCGGCAAGGUCUCGGUCAGAUGUGAAAUUGGCAUGAAAAAGCUAUACCUGAAAUUUUUUUUAGACAUUUUAGACAGAUAACUAUGAAGGGUUAAUGAAGAAGAAUUAUAAAGAAUAUUUUAAAGAACCUCAGCUCAACAAGUAGGUUGGCUUUAUAUAUGUUGAAGGUGAUUUUCAGUGGGAAAGAUGGAAAAAAAAGAAAAAUGACUGUUGUUGUGUGUUUGAAUACCAAGUCGGGUGAUAUCAGAGCUCUUGAAAUCUGCCCUUCUAUUAUCUCCUCUUCCACAGGCUCCAGUGCAGAGUGGAUGUGAUGCUGUGUGGGGAAACGCAGGCAGGGUCAAAGGGAAAAGACUUCAUUCUCAACGAUAAGCUUGUUGAUUUCUACAACUCACCUCUAUGGAAACUGUUGCAGUGCAGCACGUUCAUACGCACAGAAUAAGUGUCAUUACUCAACAUCAUCCAAUGACAAAAUGACAGGAAAUCUUGUUUUUGGUUUGGUUUUGGUUUGUUUUUUUCAAUUAAAGCCCUCGUGAUCAUUUGUUGUGUAACAUGAGGGAGGCACCAGCCAUUUCCAUGAAAUUGUGGGUUUAUAUCUAAGCGAAAAUAUCUUUAUUGAAGAAAUGCUGGUCCUCAGCACCAGAAAUAAAAAUUAGAAUAUAUUGUCGGCUUUAGAGAGUUUCCCAGAUGUUAUUAUGGAGGUAGAAGCUUUGGCCUGUAGAGACCAUCAUGGCAGACAGGGUAUGGCAAGGCGUCGGCCAGACUAAAAAUGUAUGCACUUGUGGCAUUUUGAGUUGAUUUCGAUACAACGGGCCACCCAAACUGCAAGCGAUGUUCGAUUUGUGUUGACUUUAAACAUUUUCUAAUGAGCAUUUCCCAGAACCAGAAGCCAUCAGGCGGUGAAAGCGUACCCGACGCUGCACUUUUUAAUGCUUUCUAAAUAGAUUUUGAGCUCCAGUGAGAACCACCAGAAGCCCGUCAACAAUCAAGUUACGGUCCACGGUGUCGAGUUUGCACGUCGGCGUCCUCACAGCGACUGACAGGCAAAAUUCGAGCCGCUCUCAGAGCCGGCCGCCGCCGUGCAGCUUCACUUUGUGUUUCACUUUGUCGUCGUCUGACACGAACAUGAAGCUCAGCCCGGCCUGGUCAGCAGAAGCAGGGAAGAUGUUUUGGACGGCACGGAAACAGUAUUGUUAGUGAUUUGAACAAGAAAAAACCUGCUAAAUACAAAUGAAAAAAGAAACACUGUACCUCUCAUUUUCAACUCUCAAUCCAGCUGUCAGCUGUCGUCUGAGGUUUUCUGAUGUGGAAAACAGGUUUCCCCAACAUGGGACUGGAAAACCCCUUUUUCACACAUUUUUAAAGUUCAUGGGUAUUCCCAGUGAGGGAAAUGAGGUUUUUAAUCCUUUGAGCUUUGACUUUUUUGGAAGAUAUUUUCAGGACAGAGUGCAGUAUUCCACCGCCCCCCCCACCUCCAAUUCAGUUUUAAACGAUUCAGAGAAGCAAAACUUUGUACCUUUGAAGGCUAUUUCAAGCCGCUUCUCUCUACUUUUAGCCUGAACUUGCCAAUAUGAACUUCUGUCUGUGAGAUGUAAAUACCAAAAGGCCUGUUUCUGUCUAUACGGCUUCCUCUAACUGUACCAGUCCUCUGAGACGAUUUCCAUUUUUGCAUUUUGUUUUCAGCUCCAUCGAAGCUUUUUGUCCAAAUAGGUUGUUGUCUGCAGCAAGGCAAAAAUGAAUGUACUCACACAUCUUUUCUAAGUCAAGACGAAGCGACGGCAUGGCGACGAGCUCUUUGCCGAACACGAUGAACGGUGUUGUCCCAUGACGGUCAGGCGUAUGAGUUUUAAUACAUUUUAUUUUCUUAUUGUGCGGAAGCUGGGUUGGGUAAAAAUCAUUGCCAAUGUGGUGUGCCUAAACACACGCGUCAUUCCUCGAUUAUUGCCUUGUACAGUAUCCAAGCUGAAAAGUGACAUUCCUGAAAGGGAAGCGAUUAUGUUUUUAUUUUGUUUUGUUCUCCACAAAGAGGCACAUUUUUUUGUAAAAGCUGCAAAUCACUAUAAUAUUAUUGAGUAUGUCUUCUUUUUUUUUUUUUUUUGGUGUUGUUUCUCUGGAUGUGAGCGGUCUUGCUUUUCGUGCUCAGGAUGAGAAGAAGAGAAGCACGUGGAUCUAUUUUUUUUUUUUUUUUUUUUUUAAAGGUAAACCUAAUUCUCGAAAAAUCUUUUGCUGUAUGUUUCGGUUCAGCCUGUGCUCCACGCGGUUUCAGGACGAAACAUAAAACAGCGUUAUUUUGGAGUGAACUUUCCCCCUCUGAGGCUCCAGUCUUCGCAUUGCACACGAGUCUUUUUGUUGCUAUUUAUGUUACAUUCCUCCAGCAUGUCUUGGAAUGCCAUGUUCUUAGUACUUCUGACACUUUAUAGUGUAAUACAUUUUUUAUAAUAAAUUCUUUACCCAA